CGCUUUUUCUCUAUUUCCCCAUCGCAUUUGAAAGCUUUUUUUUUUUUUUUCGCUACAGAAAAAGAAAAUUUAUAAUGGACAAUCGAUCACCUACAACAGACAUGUCGGCAGUACCGCCCCCACCAUCGCUUACUAACAGCGGUGGUGGCCCUGUCAAUUUUAACGAUGCCUUGUCAAAAGCCAGAGCUAUUGCUGAAAAGCUCAAGAAACAGAAUCCUGGAGGAGCGGCGCCACCAGCUGCUGCACCUUCUGCUGGUGUGAAACGUGGCCACCGUGAUGACGGUUACGAUGACGAAUAUCAACCACAGUCUUCUUAUCGUAGUGGUGAUUACUAUGACGACCAGCGUGAUACCAAGCGUGGCAUGUACGACCGCUAUGAAGCAACAUCUUCGCGACCUCGGUAUGGCCUCGGUUCAGAGGAAAGAAAAUCAAUGUCGUCAGGAGGCGGCGGAUACGGUGGUUAUGGUGCUGCUGCUGCUGCUGGUGGUGGCUCCAACGAAGCAUAUAUUCAAGAAGAGUGCUCUGUACCCAACCACAUGGUCGGCUUAUUGAUUGGCAAAGGUGGCGACAAUUUGAAAAAGAUUGAGCGCAUGUCUGGUGCCAAAGUGCAAAUUGCCCCAGAUAUGGGUGAAUUGGAACGAAAGGUGCAUAUGACGGGUGAAGAGGAUCAAGUCAAGAUUGCCAGAGACAUGAUCCAGCAGAUUGUUGAUGAUACUCGUAACAACGAAUCCACACGCUACGGUGGUGCGCGCGGUGGUGCUGCGCCUGGAGAUGCAAUGUCGGCGGGAGCAGGAGGUGCUAUGGGUGGCAGUUAUGGCCCACCCGCGUCGCGUAAUAAUGGCAAUGAUACUACCAUGAUGGUCCCAGGUAGCAAAGUCGGAUUGAUCAUUGGCCGUGGUGGCGAAACGAUUCGUGAUCUUGAAGAGCGUAGUGGUGCAAAAAUCACUAUCAUCCCUGAAAACAAUGGUGGUGAACGCUCUGGCGAACGUUGCAUCAGCAUCUCUGGCGAGUCACCUGCUGUGCAGCGUGCCAAGGCACUCAUUGAUGAGAUUGUUAGUGACGCGCCUGCGCAUGCCACGACAAGUGUUGCUCCUAGCCGUGAUUGGACUGCUUAUCGUCAGCAGCAUUAUCAGCCUCAUGGUGGAGAUCGUGGUGGACGAGGCGGACCAGGAGGAGACGACGAUAGCUAUGGUGCCUAUGGUGGUGGUGGUCGCGGCGGCGGCCCUCGCGGCGGCGACGAAGGUCGCAGUUCAUACGGACCUCCUCAAGAUCGUGGCUAUGGACGUGGCCGAUUCAACAACUACUACAACAACGAGGAAGAGGAGGGUGAAAAAGAAUCCGUGCAAGUUCCACAAAAUGCAGUCGGUUUUAUCAUUGGCAAACGUGGUGAUACUGUACGUGCGUUGCAAGAUCAGUCCGGUGCUCGUAUCAAGGUUGAUCCUAACGGUGAUCCCAAUGCCCCUGAGAGAACCAUUAGUAUUUUCGGUAACCCUGAUGCUGUUGCACUGGCCAAACAACUGAUCGAGGACAAGGUCGCGGAAGGAAAUGCUAACCGUGAUCGCAAUGCCGGUGGUGGUGGUCGAUUUGGCCAUGAUGGUGGUCGACGCGGUGGAUAUCGUGGCUAUGGCAACGAUCGCUACGGCGGUCACCAUCACAACAACAACCGCUAUCACCAGCAGCAUCAUCAACAACAGUAUCAAGAUGACAGGGGCAAUGGUGGUGAUAGUAGUGCCAGUGGUUACGAUUACUCGCAAUAUCAACAGUACUACGCGCAAUACGGUGGCUAUGACCAAUACCAGCAGCAGGUGGCAGCGGCGGCUGCACAGCAAGGCACCGGUGAACAAGGCACGGAUUUAACACAAGGUAAUUAUCAGUACAACGGUUAUCCCUACAACUACGGCGGCCAGCCAGGAGCCCCAGCAACUUUAACAGACGAUGCUCCAUCAAGCAAUAAGGCUGAAGGAAACGGUGACGAAACGAAGACCACGACGGACGAGCGCGAGUCUAAGGAUCCAGCAACAGCAGCUGAAGAACAAGGAGGUAGCAAGGAUCAAGCGGACUAUUAUGCACAAUAUUAUGGUCAGGGUACCACUACUGCUGGUGGUGAUGGAGCUGGAGAUGAUCAGCAACAACAGCAAGGACAAUGGACACAGGAAGCCUACUAUCAAUGGUAUCAACAGUAUUAUGGUCAGCAAUAUGCUGCUGCUGCUGCUUCUCAACAGCAGAAUCAAGAUGGUCAACAGCAGCAACCUGAAAAUGAGCAACAACAUGAGCAAUCCACUGAUAAUGAUGCUUGAAAAAGAAAAUGACCCAAGACUCUUUCCUUUAUAUCUGUUUCUCUCUCUCUCUCUCUCUCUCUCUCACAUAUCUCUAUAAGCUGUCGUAAAACAAAGUUAUUGUAAAAAAUGAUGAAUAAUGUUUUU